AAGGACCUCUUUAUUUCUUCUGCUGUUUAUUCGAACACAGUAAAUCUAAAGGUACUAGCAUUCUUACUUUUCUUUCUACGCAAAUUACUUGUAAACUGUAGCUCUAAAAGAAACACUUGUACUGGAGCUUCAGUAUUGUGUGAUUUUUGUUCUCAGUGUCUGGCAAAAGCGGCAGAAAAUGGCAGUCGUUACUCAGCCACAGUUUAGAGGCAGUGCUAUGCCUUCAGAAUGGAAGACUGGAAUUUGCGACUUCUGUGACGACUGUGGUACCUGUUGCUAUGGCUUCUUCUGUUUCCCCUGCCUGGGCUGCACCAUUGCCCGUGACAUGGAUGAGUGCUGCCUCUGUGGUCUAACAAUGCCCAUGAGGAGUGUCUACAGGACCAAGUACAACAUCAAGGGAUCCUUGUGUACGGAUUUCCUUUACCAUCAGUUCUGCUUUGUGUGUUCCGUCUGUCAGCUAAAGAGGGAUAUUGACAAAAGAAAGGAAGAAGGCACUUUCUGAUAUCUAAGAGAUGCAGCAGGAGCAGAAAAGGAGACCAGCAGUGCACAGAAUGAGCAACCUGAUGAUAUACUACAUCUGAUAUUUCUUUAAAAUCCAAAAAGCACACUACAUUUCCAAACCCAAUGUGACAUUCUGUGUGAAUGUGCUGAUUUAUCUUGUGUCAAUACGUUUGAAACGUAUAGUGUUUUGAAAACCAUUUGAAAAUGAGUAAAACGUUCAAAAUGGCUGCGUUA